AUGACGUUGUUUUGUGUUGAAACGGGUGACACUGUUUGUCAAACAGUACCUUGUUUACCGUCUCUAAUCAAAUGCAAUAGAAUAACAGUCAAAGAUGAUAAUAACAAUAAUAUCCAACGACCACCGAAAGAAGAUGACGAUGUGAGAAGUCUGAUGUCUGCUCUUGGUCUGAAAUUAAAGCAGCAACAGAAACCAGUCGUAACCUCGUCAGUACCAGUCAUUCCAGUCACAUUACCUAUCACUUCAUUCAAAUGUCGAAUUCGAAAAAAAAUCUCAGACAGAAAGAAUGAAGCCAUGCCUCUAUGCCUGUUGAGUUUGAAAAAAUAUGACGUUCGAGAACCAAUUUAUUAUGUUGUGACGGACUUGAAAAAGAUACCCAUUGUGAAACAUUAUGAGAAAUAUUGCGUUGUCGAUAGUUUAGAAAUAUCCAAUACACAAGCAAAAAGAUCCGUAGAGAAGAAUUCAAGAAAACUUGUUUAUUCUUCACAACGUCCAGAUGUUCUAAGACCUAAAUAUAAAAAAGAUGCUGGAUUGAAUAAACGUCUAGAAAAUUGUUCCGUUUCAGAAAACAUCAGAUUAAGAGGAUGUGAAGUUGUUUUACAAAGAUUAAAACGAAGUUAUGUGGAAUAUUUAAUAGAAACUCAACAGGUCGAAUAUAAACAAAUAUCAUCUUCACCUGUGAUAAAAUCGAAAACAGCAAUAACUACCACAACAGUGAAAAAACCUCGAUCUAGAACUAAGAAAUGGCUUCCCAGACGAUCACCUUCGCCUUUGAAUGAAAAUAAACCACAAUCAUCACUACCGACAACUAAACGAAAAAUGCUCAUACCCAAAUCGCCAUGUGAUUUAACCGAAUUGACCAGUUCCAACAUAAGAAAACGUCGAAAAACGAUUAGUAUCGACAAGAGUGAUUAUCUUACUGAGGAUGUGGCUAAAGCGCCGUUGUUACAAACACCACGUCCUGUAGAAUUUGAUAGUAUCUGCUUAAAAUGUUUGCAACAACCUGCAAUGAAAGGGGGACUAUUGAAUAUUUUCAUUACUUAUUAUCAAGAAUUAAAAGAACAGCAAGAACAAAUGGUGGUUAUUAGCGACGAUGACGAUGAGGAUAUAAUAUGUCUCGACUAA